AUGGCUUUCUUUGAAGACCCACGACUCCGGCAACGCUGGAACCGCAUAUCAUACAAUGCCGGCGAAGUGACCGAGACGGCAGCGGCGGGGAUCUGGUCUUUCCAAAACCAUUACGUCAACCCCUGCCUCGUGUCUCUCGCCGCCUGCCUCGAACAAUGCACCACGCCCUGUCUCGGAGACCGCGAAGAGCGUGCGCGCCGACGCCGGGAGAGGGAACGGGCCCGAGGGAGCGCCGAGUAUAUUUUCGACUUUUACGACGACUGGUACGCCGAAGACGAGUUCGAGGGCGGAGCCGGCGGCAGCGUCGGCGGCGGCGGUAUACUGGGCGGCUGGGGAGAGGAGCACUGGGACAGGUUGCUGGCCGGCACGGGGUCGCAGCGGCGCCACCACCACGGCGACCACGGCGUCCUGCAGGACCAGCCUAAGCGGAGGAGGGGGAUGAGCAUGAGCUACGGCACACGAGGCGGGCGGCGACUGGGGAGCGCGGAACAGGAUCCCACUAUUAUCCCCAGCACGCAGCCGAUCGGGUUCCUGGGCCGAUUGCCAUGGAAGCUGGGCAAGACGCUGCGAUACAAACCCAGCGCGGCGGAUUUGCAGGACCACCCGCGGCAGCAUGACGAGCCGGGUUACCACCUGGGUGCGGGAGAGCAGGAACCGCUGCUGCAUGACCACGAGGAAGACUCGGGCGAGGAGGGUGCCGGCAGGAUGGAGACGGCAGACCGGGACACUGUGAGUGGUAGGAAGCGAAGCGGGACGACAGGGUCGGGGGAUACGUCGGAUUCGUACCGGUCGCGGGGCGACCUGUUCCCUAGCGACGGCGAGGGCGACGAAGACGCGGUGCCGCUGGACGACGAGUUUGCUAUGGUGUUGGACAAGGUUACCGGGGAUGACAGGAGCAGUGGCAGGAGUGGGCGGACGCGAAACAGCAAGGGCAAGCGAAAGGCCGGGACGAUGUCACGAACGGUGUCGGGGGCGACAAUCAACUCGACGCACUCGCGAGCUAGCACGGUAGGGCUGCGGCAUAGCUCGGCGGGAAGCAUGGCGGCAUCGCCCGAGGCGGUGAGGAUACCUUCGAUGGAGGAUCUGCAGCUCGAGGAAGACAGGUUACGGAAGGAGGAGGAGGAGCAGAUUGAGAGGAAGCGGAGGGCGGCGGCGGCAUUGGCCAUUGAGCGGGGACUGCGGGCACGGGCGGGUUCGGGCUCGUCUCAGCAACCACGAUCACCGGCGGCGGAGAUAACGAGCGGCGAGUAUGAGGCUCAGACUGUCGAGGAAGAGGUUGUGGAUGGGGACAAACCAGCAUCCGUUGAAAAGGAGCAAUCGCAAUCGCUACAACAGCCGCCAUGGGUAGACGCCGACCGGCCCAGCCUACAGGUCGAAAAGACAAACAUGGAUCAGGAACGGCACGGAGUAGAAGAUAAGACAACGGCGGCUACAUCACACUCAGGGCAAGCACGAGCACCAGCACCAGCACCAGCACCAGCACCAGCACCAGCACAAGCACCAGCAUCAGAAGCAAGGCCGGCAACGGAAUCAGCAACAGCAUCGGUAUUGGCCGCCGUGAACGACGCAAAGGGCAGCGGACCCUCGGGAGGCUUCGUACCAGCACGACUCCCGCAAUUCCGGUAG